UAUUCAUUUCUUUGAUACAUUUAUUCGAAUUUACUGUUAAAAAGAUUGCAAAAGAUACGUAAUACUGUUUGUUUUUGGAUUCAGACGUGUGCUUACGUGUUCACUUAACGUAAAAUUAUGCAAUUUGAUGCUACAUGUAUUUAUUAAAGUUAUCAAUUUUUGUUUAAAGAUUUCUUGUAAAUAUGUCUAACAACAAAGAGGAAAAACAGUAUGGUUUAAUUUUAUCUAAAAAACAACAACCUGUGGCGCCAAAGGCCAGCAAUAUAUUUGCAGAUGACAAUGAGUCGGAUGAAGAAGAUGCCCCCGAUUGGAUUAAAAAAGUUCUUAAAGCAGAAGAGGCAAAAAAUAAAAUUAAAAAACAAACCAGGUUAAAUAUGCAGAAAGCCUUAAAGGAAAACCCAACAAUAUAUCAAUAUGAUGAAGUAUACGAUGACAUGGAACGUACAAAAAGCCAGAUAAAAGAAACCAAGGACGAGAAGAAGAAACCAAAAUAUAUUGAAAACCUUUUGAAGGCAGCAGAACGAAGAAAACGAGAGCAAGAACACAGAAUAGAAAGAAUGGUACAAAAGGAACGAGAAGCGGAAGGAGCAUUGUUCGCAGACAAAGAAAGUUUUGUUACUUCUGCAUAUAGGGCAAAAUUAGAAGAAUUUAAAAAACUCGAAGAAGAAGAAUCUAGGAUGGAUCGACUGGAGGCUAUUGGAGAUGUUAGAAAACAGCAAGAUAUGUCAGGGUUCUAUAGACAUUUAUAUGAACAGACUGUUAAAAGUUCAGAAGAAUCUGAAAUUACGAAUAAUAUAGACAAAGAUAAAACUAGUGUAGAUAGUACAGUAGAAAGUGUAAAUAAGGAAACAAGUACGAUAACAUCAAAUACAGAACAAAUUAUAAAUAAAAAUAUAAAAAGGAGCAGACAAUACAGACAGAGAAUAGUGGAAGAAGAAAGUGAUACAGAUACUGAAACAUCACAGAUGGUAGAAAAUAAAACAAAUACUUCUUUAUCUGAAAAUCAUAAGGAUGUUGAAAUGGAAAAUGUAGCAGAGUCUGACAAUGACAGACCAAAGCAACAAAUUGAAGAUGCUGAACAUAGUAAAACACAAGAUAAAAUUACAACAGAAAAUACCUUAAAUAGAAAAGAUGAUGAAGAUGUGUCAAAAAAUGGCGAGAAUGAUGAUAAAGAAGAUGCACCUAAAAUAACUGCGAAAGCAAAAAUAGAGGCAGAAAAGAAAGAAAGAUUUAAAAUUUGGGAGAAAAGAACCGUUGGACCUGUAUUUGAAGCAGCAGUACAACGAUACUAUGCAAGAAAAUGUAUGAAAUUAUCUACUACAUAGCCAGUUAUAAUUUGUACAAACGUAUUUAAAAUGUUUUCUAAUUAAUUUUGCUAUUAGUUUUUUAGAAAACUGUAU